AUGUUGGUCAGGUACACCACAGUUCUCGGCCUCCACAGGCCAAGUUUACAUACAUGGCCGUCGCAGUCUCGUAACACCCAUACCCAUAUCUCCUCAUAUGCCAAGGAUUCCCUGAAAGCUGGAGUAAGAAAAUUACAAGAGGACAUAAAAGAGGGCGCAAAAAAGGAUUUGUCCACUUGGAAGAUUACAAAGUGGGUCUCCCCUGUGAUUAUCCUAAUAUUAUUUGACCGUACUUACACCAACUGGUACAACAACCAAAAUGAGAGGAAUCUCUUUUAUGCCUUUGAACACGGUUUCUGUCCAAACCUUGAUGUUGAGGAGGAAGAGCUGAUUGACCGUAAAGAUGUUAUCAAGGAAAUUGAACGAAUUCUCAAGCCGCCCUCUAAACAUAGCUCUUAUCACGUCGUUGUCGGGAACCACGGAACUGGGAGGUCCGGCAAUGACUUCAUUGAUGAUCUUGCAAAAGCUAUUUCAUUCAGGGAUAAUGAAUCUUUCAUUGACUCAUUGACGCGGAAUAUUCUAGGCAAAAGCGAGUCAUAUGAACGGUCCAAGGUUUCUCGUGUCCUGAAUGCCUUCGACAAAGCUGCUAGAAAAUACAAGGCAAAUAAUGGCAAACCUCCAGUUUUGAUCCUUGACAACAUAAGUAAGAUGGGCCAGAAAAAUGUGAACAUGUUGGAGGAUCUGCAGGACAUCGCAAAACUCUAUGCUGACCAGCACAGUUGCGUUAUUGUGUUUGUCAGUAGCGAGAGAACAGUGCCACGCAUGAUGAUGCAACGAUCAUCGUGGUCACGUGCUGAUAAAAACCCCAUUGUCAUCGGAGACCUAACUAAUAAAGAGGCAUUCACCUUCCUCCACGGCAAACUUGGCAUUGAGAAAAAGGUCGCCAAUCAACUCAUCCAACUCUUAAGCGGUCGGAUUUAUGAUCUUAAGACAUAUGGUGAUAGGAUAAAUAGAGGCGAAACAUUCGAUGAGAUUCGUAAAACCGUGCUUGAUGACGCCAAUCGCAACUUUCACCAGGCUCGAAUGAUGGAGGGCGAAAGAAAUCAUGUCAUUGGCAAGGUCAUUGUCCAGGAGUUGGUGAAAAAUGAAAAAAUCCAUUUUGAUGCAUUCAUCAAGCUCGUCAACAAUGAACAAAUAGCCGAUGAACUGCUACAGGCCAAUGUUUUCUCAUAUAACCCGGAAAGUGGAAUCGCCACCUUCCAGUCUCACGCAACAGAAGUUUUUGCAAGAAAAUACAAAAUCUUCGAGAGGAAUUAG